AUGAAGUCCAGGAGCUUGCUGGGAGCCCGCUGGAACAUUGCCGAGAGAUCGUUGGAAAAGUCAGAAGCUAAAGAGUAUGUUAAAGAGCAAGGAACACCCAUUGUUGUUAACGCUGAUGGAUUGGCUGCUGGGAAGGGAGUUAUUGUGGCAAUGAACAUACAAGAGGCAUUUGAUGCAAUAGACUCUAUGUUGGUGGCCAAUACUUUUGGUUCUGCUGGUUCACGAAUUAUUAUUGAGGAAUUCCUCGAGGGCGAAGAAGCUUCUUUCUUUGCUCUGGUGGAUGGUGAAACUGCCUUACCUCUUGAGUCAGCCCAAAAUCACAAAAGAGUUGGUGAUGGUGAUACUGGUCCAAAUACGGGUGGAAUGGGUGCAUAUUCCCCUGCUCCAGUCUUAACAAGUGAGCUACAGUCUUUGGUGAUGGAAUCAAUAAUUCAUCCUACAGUGGAGGGAAUGGCAGCAGAAGGUUGCAAAUUUGUUGGUGUGCUGUAUGCUGGGAUUAUGAUUGAGAAGAAAAGUGGUUUGCCCAAGCUUAUUGAGUACAAUGUGCGUUUUGGAGACCCAAAGUGUGUUGGGAAGAAACCUGUUAAUGCGGAAUAA